AUGGAUUGGUUUCAUUCCAUUCUAGGAGACCUUCCGGUCCUCAAUCUGUUCACAAGGUUCACUAUUCUGUUAACAAUCUACUAUCACUUGAUAGCUGUUUAUCGAAUAUGGUUUCAUCCUUUGGCGAGAUUUCCUGGACCCCGUAUUUGUGCAAUUACAUUCCUAUACGAAAUAGCGUGGGACUACUUCUAUGAGGGCACCUACGUGUACAGGAUUGAGGAGUUGCAUGAUCGCUAUGGUCCUAUCGUCAGAGUUAACCCCGAUGAAUUAUCUAUUAGAGAUCCGGAGUAUUAUAGAACAGUAUAUGUCGCUAGCAACACAAGAUCCACUUCCGCCUAUCCUGCAUUUGCUGCAGGUAUGGGUAUUCAAGGUUCUCAUCCUAUCACGAUCGAUCAUCAACUUCACCGCCAGCGGCGGAAACCGUUGGAGCCCUUUUUUACGAGUACCGGAGUCAAGAAGAUCUAUCCACUACUGAUAGACUUAGUGCAGAGUCUCACAUCUCAGCUAAAAGAGCACCUCGAGAGAGAUACCAUAGUCCGGCUUGAUCACGCACUCUUUGCUUUUGCCGGAGAAGUCAUGUGCAAAGUUUGUUUUGAGAACCAAAAUUCCACGUUUCUAUCACAGCCUGAUUUCUGUCCCCAGUGGUUUACUUUACUCCAUACGAUAACUCGUUCUUCGCCGAUCAUUGUGAACUUUCCAUGGAUCUUCAUAAUUGUCGAGCUAAUUCCUGCAUCACUUGUCGUCAGGCUAAGCCUCUCAGGCGAAAUGCUGAUGAACUGGAGAACUAUGUCUAUCGAAUACAUAAAUAGAGUAAAGCAGAGAGUGGCUACAGAAAAGCAUACCGAUUCCGGUGACGAAAGUCCACCCUCUACAUUAUUCUAUGACUUGUUGACAAGUGACCUGCCAGCCUCUGAACUCACAACUGACCGGCUUGGAGCGGAAGCACAAGUUCUUCUGAUGGCUGGCACCAUGUCUGUUGCCAGAUCUAUGGGUCACCUGGUGGUCCAUAUUCUCCUGAACGUGGAUGUUAGACAGCGACUCACAGAAGAGCUAAGUACCAUCGACCAAGAUGGCUCGCAAAACAUUCCAUCAUACCAAACCCUUCAGCAGCUUCCAUACUUACAGGCGUGUAUCAAGGAGGGUUUACGAAUGAGCAUUGCUUCAAUGCAUAGAUUACCUCGCUGUUCACCUGAUGUUGCACUUCAAUAUCAUGAAUGGAUUAUACCUCCAGGAACACCUGUAGGCAUGUCCACGUAUUUGAUGCAUUACGACCCGGAUGUAUAUCCAGAACCAAAAAAUUUCAAGCCUGAAAGAUGGCUUGGUGAAAUAAAUUCAAAAAUGCUCAGGAACUAUGUUCCGUUUGCCAAAGGAUCUCGUGACUGCUUAGGUACAGAGCUAGCUUAUGCCGAGAUCUCAAUGGUUCUUGCAGCUUUUUUCGGUCCGCGCGGACCAAAACUUAGUCUGUAUGAGACCGACAGAUCUGAUGUUGAUCCCUAUCAUGCAUUUGUGGGAUCACUCCCAAAGCUGAGUAGUAAAGGUAUUCGGGUAACAAUGGGAUAA